CGCAUCUGGGUCUUUUCACUCAGAUAUGCUCAUGCAUGUAUGGUUCCGCCCCUGCAUAUUAUGGAUGUAAUACCAUUUAUUUUUAACGCAUAAACUACACGUGUUUCCGCUUUGGGGGUGCAUUUGAAAUAUGAGCCUCUAGGAGCCGCUGCGGAAUUUCCUCACUUAUAUUUUUUUCAGGCUCUGACAGGUCCGGUCAUUUUUUGCAGCGGAGGCCACCUUCUCGCCUGUCUCACCGGGAGCGCAUCUCCAUCCAGCAGCUCCGCGCGGACCGGAGCCUGAUGCUCCCACACCAUACAUUUACCCAGCUUUUUACCCGGCAUGUAAACCCGGGUCAUUGCUCUUGUUUCAGGCCCGGUUUGUGUGUGUUUUUCCCCCAUGGAGGACUAGCCAGGUCGGGGAUCCACCGCCCUGCAGGCUGCGUGGGAACACGGAGCUCCACACCGACGGGAAUACACCCAAGUCGGGGAUAAAAGGCUGAAAAUGGUGGAUGAUUCUGGCUUCUUUUGCCGUCAUGUGAACGCGGACGAGGCGCGUCAACGUGCCGGGGAUGAUGGUGAAAGCUUGCGGCUGUGUGCUGCUCCAUAGCCUCCCCUGUCCCUCGCCUCCCACCUGAUCACCUCGUCCUCCUCCUCUUCUUCCGGUCCAUCAUGACCACCACCCUGGAGAUGAUUCCGGGCGCCCCCGACCCAGAGCUGAGCCCGGAGCGACUGGACGGCUGUGAAGACUUUGGGGGCCGCUACAAGGUGGUUCCCUCCGUGGUCUGCUCCAUGUGCUGCCUCUUCGGCAUCAUCUACUGCUUCUUUGGGUACCGCUGCUUCAAGGCGGUGAUGUUCCUGACCGGGCUGAUGUUCGGCUCCGUUGUGAUCUUCAUGCUAUGCUACAAGGAGCGCGUCCUGGACACGCAGCUGAGUGUGGAAGCGUCGGUGGGCAUUGGCCUGGGCAUCGGCACGCUGUGCGGCCUGGUCACCAUGCUGGUGCGCAGCGUGGGGCUCUUCAUGGUGGGGUUGCUGCUGGGGCUGCUGGUGGCUGUGGCCACACUGGUGGGCAUGGAGGAGUUCUCGGACAGCCCCCCACGCUCCGUGUGGGUGCCGUUGGGCGUGCUGCUGGGGCUGGGCAUGCUGUUCGCCGUGCUCACCCUGCAGUGGCAGCGCCUCUUCACCACGCUCUCCACCUCCGUGUUCGGGGCGGCCGUCAUCACGGUGGCGGUGGACUACUUCGUGGAGCUCUUUGCCCUCGUGCUGUACAUGUACGAGCGCAUGAAGGCCGCGCCCGGGAAGCCUGUGUGCUGGCUGACGUGGGUGGUGCUGGGAGUGUGGCCCGCCCUCACCCUGCUGGGGGUCAUGGUGCAGUGGAAGGUCACCGCUGAGGGAUACUCCCACACCAAGGUGAUCAUCAGCCGGCAGCAGAGGAGGAUGCAGGUGAUGCGGAUCCGGCAGCGGGAUGACCGCUAUCGCAACAAGAAGAAGAAGAAGCUGCAGCCCGGCUCCUCCACCCACAACCACCAGGCCAAGCAGCUCCACCCCGAGCCCGCCUACCGCCGCAAGCCCAACCCCAUCCGGCGCUACGACACCGACGUCCUCUCGCCGAGCUACAUCCAGAGUUUCCGGGAGCGGCAGGUGCAGCCUCCGGCAGGUCGCCUCGCUGGCCGCCCGCACACAGUGGUGGAUGUGGGCUACGACUACAGCUCCACCACGCCCCUCACUGGAGUUGCAGGACCCCCACUAAGAGUCUGAGAGACCACCCCCCCCCCCCCACCUCCCAGAGACCUGAACACACCCCUCCACCAGGGAGAUACAUUACUCUGCAAUCACAACCCCACCUGGGUGUCUUCACGUCUGCUCGGGGACAACCACCAUGCAAAGAGUUUAGCCACACCCCUCUGAGGAGGAAAUGUAUUUAGGGCUGGAUUUACCCAGAAUGCAACACAUGUUUAACUGACGUAAUGUUGGAUUAUAGACCCCAGCAUGCCUGCACUAACGAAACACAGCAGCUACAUCUGAAGGGUGGAGGUGAAGACCCGGAGCAGUGUGCCGUGCCGGCCCUCGUUUGUUUUUAAACACCGUCUCAACUUAAACCAGAUCAGGGAUCAGUCUGCCAACCUGCCUCAGGUCCACACACACUGAGGAAGAGUCACAGUCAUCGUGCUGGUGUUGGUGCCGAUUUUCAACCUAUGGUGCAAGCCCAACAAAGAUCAUCUAUAAAGGAGAGUGAGGGCCUUCCGAUGCAAACUGGGAUGUUCUUUCUGCUCUCUUCGCCCUAUGGACAACAUAGAAUCGUCUGUGAAAUGGGGGGAGACCCUUGGUGCUGGACGACCAACUUCUUCUCUGUUCAAACGGGUGCCUUGCUCCUCUGUGGAGGAAGGGGGACCUCCCAUCGAUGGCUUGCUUUUGGAAAAUAAUGUGAAAACAGAAGGAUUUAUCCGAAGUGAGGGGGGGUAGAGUUGUUGCGUUGUCUUGUUGUCUUGCCGAAGGAAAGCCACAUUUCCUGUGGCACCUCAUCUGAGAGAACCACUGAUUAUUUUGCACCCUGCACUGCAGCCAAGAGAUUACUCACACUGCCGUUCUAGAAAAUGACGCUCGCUCCAGUCGCACCUUCGUCCUGAUUUGUGCUGCAGAGCAAUCACAAUCUGAGCAGCUUUUAAAAACAUGCAAAGGGAAGAUGUGAUCUGUGUAAAAUCUCUGAAUGACCAGGAUGUGAAUAAAGGAGGCUCCAGUGGCCAUCUUGUACUGGGACUCCUCCCAUCACGUGCACUGGUUCCUUUUUAUCUGGGACGUUUCUGUCACCUGUGAAAAUGUGAAUACUUUAAUCGUCUUUACCUCGUUAAAGGAAAAGCAGAUAUUGGGCAGAGGGGGGGGGGGGGGUGUAUGGUACGUUUUUAAAUCCUCCGCGGAAAGUGCAUGACUAACCCCCCCCCACCCCUUUUUAAUGUGCAUCGAUGUGAACUUUGUACAUAAAACACAGCACUGACUAACUUCUUCUUUUUAAUCUCCUUUCUUAGAAAUCUCAUUAAGAUGUUGUUGUGUUUUUUCAGUGGGAUGUUUAUUUAUUUGCUGAUUUUAUUUAUUCUGUAAAGGAGCGUGCAAUGUCAUCACAGUGGGCCAGUAGCUCCAUGCUUUUAAAAUGAA